GCUACUUCAAAUAAUCGAAAACUAUUACGAAAGAUUUGGAUUACCUAUGCUAAAGAUUUGGAUUACAACUCCCAAAAAAUUUUCUGGAUUAUUUUUGUUUACUAUGGCCAGAGGUCCGUAGCCCAUAAAACAUUGGGCUUGAGAUAAUCCAAUUUGAUGAUGACACAAUACUCAAUCUGGCCCAAAUCCACGCCGAAGAACAAUAAAAAAAAUCAAUCAAAACAACCAAAAUUGUUAUAAACCCAUAAACCCUAGAAUCCCAUCUUGUUUCUGCCCUUGGCCGCUCUCGAUCUUCUGCCUCCCCAGUCAAUCAAAUCCAACGCCGCCGCCACCACCACCACCACCACCACCAUGGAGGUGGAUGUUCCUACCGCCGCUAAUUCCAUGGAGGUAGACGCCGCAGCACCUGCCAAACCCAACUUUAGGCCGUUAACGGCGCAUGAGAUGUCCUCCGGCGAAGUCCAAUUCCGGAAAAUUUCUGUCCCACCUCACCGGUACACGCCGUUGAAGAAAGCAUGGAUGGAUAUCUACACGCCGGUGUACGAUCAGAUGAAAAUCGACAUCCGUAUGAACCUCAAAGGCCGCAAAGUCGAGCUCAAAACUCGCCGCGACACUCCUGAAGUGAGCAACCUCCAGAGAUGCGCCGACUUUGUCCACGCUUUUAUGCUGGGGUUCGAUGUCUGCGACGCUGUGGCUUUGCUCCGGUUGGAUGAGCUUUAUAUCGAAUCAUUCGAAAUCAAGGACGUGAAGACUUUGAGAGGGGAGCAUUUGUCUCGGGCUAUUGGGAGAUUAUCUGGUAAAGGGGGUAAAACGAAGUUUGCUAUUGAGAACUCAACGAAAACCAGGAUUGUUAUUGCCGAUACAAAGAUUCAUAUUUUGGGUUCGUUUGCAAAUAUUAAGAUUGCGCGGGAUUCAUUAUGUAGUCUGAUUUUGGGUUCCCCUGCUGGCAAGGUCUAUUCCAAACUUAGAGCUGUGAGUGCCCGGUUGGCCGAGAGGUUUUGAAAUUUAUAGCUUUCUGUUCUCUUUGUAACAUGAGUUUUAAAAAAAGAAUGAAUUUCGGUAUUCAAUAUUGUGCUCUGUUGUGUUAAUGUUAUCUCAUAUUGAGAGGAGUUGAUGUGGAACCUUGUGUCACAAUUGUAUUCGGAGCUCAUGUUGAAAAUUUUGAUAAGGUUUCAUGGUUGUUUUGGUUUUGUAGCUUGUAUUGGUGCUUGAUAAAUGUUUGUUCCUGGAAAAUUGUCUGCGCGGUAAUUCUUACCUUGAUAGGGUGAUAGGGUUCUAUAUGGUUACAGAAUACAGCCAUAGAAGGAGUAGAACUUAUCGAACUGUUGGAAGGGGUAUUGUAUAAUUGUUUUGUAGAAGGAUGGCAAUUUCGCUGUGUGAGUGUCAAUAUUGCUCUCCUUCAUGAGAUGAAGUUAACACCAUUGUUGGAGUUCAGUUAUCAUUUUGGGUCAUAUGUUUAUGUUAUAUUGUUAUUGAAUGGUGUAUGCCUGUAUGGAUUUGAAAAGCAAAAGUGGUAUUUAUAUUUAGGAUUCAGUUUUGCUUUAGCUAAAGACCUGUUGUCUGUGCACACCAAAGUUCUACAUGUUUGUGUUUAGAGAUCACAUUGAUGUAUCACGAUUUGUCUUCUGUUGUUUUCUGGUGCCCGCAAAUUUGGUUUACACAACAGGAAAACAGAAGAAUAUUGAGUAGUUGGUACUGAUGCAUAUGAUAUUGAAUUUUUUGAUGUCAAAUGUUCUUUCCGCUCUAUCUGAUCUCAUUAGCUUACCCCUGAGGAUUCAUUGUUACAUUGCCAUUUAUAGAAAUGCCUCCUCGUAGAUUUGAGAGAAAAAAAAGAGAUAUGAAUUGUGUUAAGGUCAACAUUUUCAUCUCAUUUAUUUGUUGGAAUACUGUGACUUAAGAGUUCGUGGUGGAGUUGAUUUUCUUCUUUCAUCAUGGUUCCUCAUCAGGCUUUAGUGUUCCACUUCGAGGACUUGCUUUUUUGCAAAGAGUGGAU